AUGACCAACGCCAUUUCCAACCGCUUCUUCACCUCUCUCUCCACUCCCUCAAACCGCCUCCUCGUCCCUCCGCUCUCACAUUUUCGCCGCUGCCACCAACCGCAUCUCCACCGCAAACCACCGCUGCACCAACGCGCUUCUCGCUCCGUGACGCGCUUUUCCUCCGUCUCCUCCUCCUCCUCCUCUUCUUAUUCUGGCAAGCCGGGGUUCGUGGGAUGGUAUCUGCGCAUGCUCGAAACUUACCCUCUCAUCACCAAAAGCGUAACCUCGUCGCUUGUGUUCGCCGCGUCUGACAUCACUUCUCAGAUGAUUACACUACCCAGUUUUUGUGCUUCAUUUGAUCUAAUAAGGACACUGCGUCUGGCAAUAUAUGGACUGUUAGUCUUGGGGCCAACACAGCACAUGUGGUUUGGUUUUCUGUCUAAAAUUUUACCCAAGACAGAUUUGGCAUCAACCUUGAAGAAAAUUUUAAUGGGGCAAUUUAUAUUAGGUCCUAUCAUCAAUACUGUCUUCUUCUCCUAUAAUGGUGCUUUCCAAGGUGAAGGUGUAACUCAAAUUAUUGCGAGGUUGAAGAGAGAUCUACUUCCUACAUUGUUAAGUGGUGCUCUGUAUUGGCCUGCAUGUGAUUUUGUCACCUUGAGAUACCUUCCAGUUCGUUUGCAGCCACUGCUGAAUAGCACCUUCACAUAUGUAUGGACAAUAUUUUUAACAUACAUGGCAAACCGAGGGUGAGGCAUGCCUAGUGCUUGGUUUGUAAU